AUGGCCGGUGAAGAUUCUCCAAAGGCUGAGUAUCGUCGCAGCCCCGUCAUGCCACCGCCAGACCCUACCAUCCAUACUCUCGCUACAUUCCACGGCAUUCUCUGCGCAAGAACCGAACAGCUACUCAGGGCGGCCAACAAGCGGACUAAAAGCAAGAGGGGGGCCAAGAGGACGGAGAAGAAGAACAACAAGAAAAAGAAGAGAAAGAACGACUGGAAUGACAACGACAGCCGGCGCACAGGGGUGGUACGCUAUAAGGAGUAUGCACUCCAGCCGCUGUACAAAGCUCUUAUCGCUAUUACCAGCUGCGCCGAUUACGACGGCGAGGACUCCUCCACGGCGGGCCGCUUCCCGGUCUAUCUGGUCCGCACCGGCGUUGAGGAUGGCCUUUCUGCCCCGAUCUCCUUCGACGCCGAGAUGGCCGCCCAGAAAAUGAAGUACGUCUCAGAAAACGUCGUCGAGACUAAGCUAGAGGCCGCCGUGGACUUCGUUAUGGCCUUGAAAGCCCGUGAAAUCGCGGUCUUUGGCAUCCAGCCAGACCCGGCUUCUGUCGUCGAGCCGCCCAGGGACAAAAAGGGCCGCAAGCUGACGAAGCUACCGAACACCCAGGGGGUCAGCGACGAGAAGGCAGCGGAGUGGGGAUGGUGCGGAUGGGGCCAGUGGUUUGACGAGGUGGUUGGGCAUAGAAACGAAAAGAUUACAUCGGAUGGAUACCAGGACAUAUUGCUCGAGUUUCAGAUGCUUAGGGAAGGGAAAAUCUUUCCCACCGCCAUAAUGCAUUCUUGGUGA